CCUCUGGGAACUUAUGUAUCGAACCAUUCCUCCGCACUGCAUCGUUUAGACCCUCGCUUGAAGCAGGCAUGGCUUGCUACGAUGCUGCUGCUACCUCAAAGGGGCUCACUUGCAGAAAAAAGCACUGUUUGUUUGGUACUAGCUUUCUCGACAGCAGCAGCACUUCCAUAUCGAGUAUGGCGCCCACAACUAAGCGUGGUAACAAAGGUUUGCUCGCUGAUUUUCUUCAUUGCUGUUCUCGGAUCCGAAAGCGUCAUUCCAUUGGUUGGUCCUCGCGAACCAUCCGCUUUUUAUGAGGGCUUACUGGACAUUCCAACUUUUAAAAACUGCUACUACAAUACUUUGUUCCACUUUGGCCCACUUCAGAUCUCACAGAGGAACUUCAGUCUCGCGAUGAGCGCAUCUUGUAUUGCUUUCACGGCUCUGCAGUCUGCGCAGCUGAGUUUGUGCACCACCACACCUGAGGGCAUGAUUUGGGCGCUUCGUUGGUAUCUUAAACCUCUGCUUUUGAUAGGAGUCCCAGUUGAUGGAAUCGUUUUCACUUUACUAUUCUCGAUGCGGUUCACAACAACAGUGUUCGAUGAGAUCAGGAACAUAUGCUUGGGACUUGUUUCGCGCAGAAUUGAGUGGCAUGGGUUAAACUUAACUGCUUGCGUAGCUCUUUUUGGCUCGAUCUUGUUGCAAACUCUCAACACUUUGUUUUUAACCUCGGCAGCAGUCUCAGAAGCCCUCUGUGCGAGAGGUUUUGACAGUUCUUCUGGACACGAGUUCUCGAAUUCUUUGUCAGCUUCACCUUCACGUGCUUUCGACUGCACUGCGUUGCUGGCGCUC